CCCAAAUGCGACAAUAGUAUGGAAGUAUGUUCGCCGAAAGGAGCAUCCUGUGCCGUUUAUAUAAUACUUUAAUUUUCAUGCACCUGAUCUACGUCACGCGGCCAUUCGGUGUCAUCUUCGAGGAGUAUGUUGUGGACCAGGGCCGUAACUUGACGUUGCGCUGCGACUCCAAACAUCCGGUACGAUGGGUACGGGAGGGUCGCCGGGAGGACGUGCGACAGUUCCAGCUGGACGGUUCGCUCGUAUUGACCAACCUGACCGCGAAGGACGGUGGCCGGUACACCUGUUCCGCAGCGAUACCAACCCUCACGACCGUUGCCGUACUGGAGGAACCGGAUGCGGACAUGUCCUCCACGAACGACACCAGCACCAAUGCGGCUGCGUACGAGUCAAGCGAUACGAGUGCUGGGUAUGAAAAUGCCACCACCGAACCGUACGGCGGUGAGGACGUGGACGGAUCGUCGUCAGCGGCGGCCACCGUAGAGGAACACUUUGUCGAGCUGCUCAAGGUGAACGUAAAGGUGCGGACACCACCGCUGGCCGUGUCCAACUUUUACGUCCGUGCGUCCACCAUCAUAGCGGUGCUGGUGUGGGAGGUGAUGCCGAACCGGACCGGCGGGUACGCGAUACGCGACUUUACCGCCGAAAUGCGCAAGAUGCGCGAAACUAUCGACGAACCGGAGCUGCCUUGGGAGACGAUUGAUCCGCGCCAUAUUAGCCCGAACGCGCGGCAACUCGAAAUCUAUCAUCUCAUCCCGAACACGACGUACGAGUUCCGGAUCUGGGGCAACAACCAGCUCGGGGCGGGUGAGAUCGUGACCAUACUAGCGACCACGCAGCCUCGCAUGGAGGAGAAAGACCUCGUCCGGCGGAUCAUGAUCGAUGCGAAGAAUUUCGACACCCGUGUCUGGAUAGCGGCCGUCGGCAUCGUGAUGGGUACGCUGGUCAUCCUGUCGCUCGGUACCUGCAUCGUGCUGUACAAGGAGUGCCGCGAACCAGCCGCCAACGAUAAGGACGAGGAGCUGGACAGUCUCGAGCUGGUACCGAACAUUAUCCUGAAUCCGGGCUUCUGCGACUCGGACGACCAGGGUCAGAAUCCGCUCUCGCCACCGAUACCGCGCACCCUGCCGUACAAUCGCUACCGGAUGAAUGGGCACGGCACCGGGCCGGCCGAUGACGAUGACGAGGACGACGAGGACGACGACGACGAGGAGGAACCGAUGACGUUCAGCCGGCGGAUGUCAAUCUUCUUCACCGGCAACACGAUAAAGCGGAUUUGAGUGAAAGUAUUCCCGGAGGACUCCGUGUAC